AGGCGGGGGCCGGAGCUCGAGGGGCGCGCGCCGCGUUAACCCUUCCGCGGCCGGGCCGAGCAGCAGGCGCAGCCCCAGCCGCUGGCGCCGGAGCGGCUGUCGGCGCAGCGGGCGGGAGCCGGGAGCUCGGCGCUCGGGCAGGCGGAGCGCAGCGCGGAGACGCGGCGGAGGGGGGCCCGCGGCUCGGCUGGGGCCGGCAGACAGGUGUGCGGGCGGCCGGGCGGCCCGAGCUCAGGCAGCUCCAGGCCGGGCCCACGGUCCGGAGCCGGCGCCGAGCGGAGACCCCGCGCCCGCACCCCAGUCCGGGCCCCGCCCGUGCUCUGCCUGGCCGCGGGGUGCGGGGACCACGGCCGGGCCGGGCCACCGGAAGCCUGUGUUGGGCCGGGCCGGGCCGGGGUGGGUGGGGGUCCGCCCGGCCCGCCCAUGGGCUCAGGAUGCCGGUGCGGAGGGGCCACGUCGCGCCGCAGAACACCUUCCUGGACACCAUCAUCCGCAAGUUUGAGGGCCAGAGCCGCAAGUUCAUCAUCGCCAACGCUCGGGUGGAGAACUGCGCUGUCAUCUACUGCAACGACGGCUUCUGCGAGCUGUGCGGCUACUCGCGGGCCGAGGUGAUGCAGCGACCGUGCACCUGCGACUUCCUGCACGGGCCGCGCACGCAGCGCCGUGCCGCCGCGCAGAUCGCGCAGGCCCUGCUGGGCGCGGAGGAGCGCAAAGUGGAGAUCGCCUUCUACCGGAAAGAUGGGAGCUGCUUCCCGUGCCUGGUGGAUGUGGUGCCCGUGAAGAACGAAGAUGGGGCUGUCAUCAUGUUCAUCCUUAACUUUGAGGUGGUGAUGGAGAAGGACAUGGUGGGAUCCCCAAACCGUGACACCAAUCACCGUGCCCCUCCCACCAGCUGGCUGGCCCCCGGCCGCGCCAAGACCUUCCGCUUGAAGCUGCCCGCGCUGCUGGCCUUGACCGCCCGGGAUUCGUCGGUGCGGCCGGGUAGCGCAGGCGGCGCCGGUGCCCCGGGGGCCGUGGUGGUGGACAUGGACCUGACGCCCGCGGCGCCCAGCAGCGAGUCGCUGGCCCUGGACGAGGUGACGGCCAUGGACAACCACGUGGCGGGGCUCGGGCCGGUGGAGGAGCGGCGCGCUCUGGUGGGCCCGGGCUCGCCGCCCGCCUGCGCGCCCGGCCCGCACCCGUCGCCCCGGGCGCACAGCCUCAACCCUGACGCCUCGGGCUCCAGCUGCAGCCUGGCCCGGACGCGCUCCCGAGAGAGCUGCGCCAGCGUGCGCCGCGCCUCCUCGGCCGACGACAUCGAGGCCAUGCGCGCUGGGGCGCUGCCCCCGCCGCCGCGCCACGCCAGCACCGGGGCCAUGCACCCCCUGCGCAGCGGCCUGCUUAACUCCACAUCAGAUUCGGACCUCGUGCGCUACCGCACCAUUAGCAAGAUUCCCCAAAUCACCCUCAACUUUGUGGACCUCAAGGGCGACCCCUUCCUGGCUUCGCCCACCAGCGACCGGGAGAUCAUAGCCCCCAAGAUAAAGGAGCGGACCCAUAAUGUCACUGAGAAGGUCACCCAGGUCCUGUCCCUGGGGGCCGAUGUGCUGCCGGAGUAUAAGCUGCAGGCACCGCGCAUUCACCGCUGGACCAUCCUGCACUACAGCCCCUUCAAGGCCGUGUGGGACUGGCUCAUCCUGCUGCUGGUCAUCUACACGGCGGUCUUCACGCCCUACUCGGCCGCCUUCCUGCUGAAGGAGACGGAAGAGGGUCGCCCGGCCCCCGACUGUGGCUAUGCCUGCCAGCCGCUGGCUGUGGUGGACCUCAUCGUGGACAUCAUGUUCAUCGUGGACAUCCUUAUCAACUUCCGCACCACCUACGUCAACGCCAACGAGGAGGUGGUCAGCCACCCCGGCCGCAUCGCCGUGCACUACUUCAAGGGCUGGUUCCUCAUUGACAUGGUGGCCGCCAUCCCCUUUGACUUGCUUAUCUUCGGCUCUGGCUCUGAAGAGCUGAUCGGGCUGCUGAAGACGGCACGGCUGCUGCGGCUGGUGCGCGUGGCACGGAAGCUGGACCGCUACUCCGAGUACGGGGCGGCCGUGCUUUUCCUGCUCAUGUGCACCUUUGCGCUCAUCGCGCACUGGCUGGCCUGCAUCUGGUACGCCAUCGGCAACAUGGAGCAGCCGCACAUGGACUCCCGCAUCGGCUGGCUCCACAACCUGGGCGAUCAGAUCGGCAAGCCCUACAACAGCAGCGGCCUGGGCGGCCCCUCCAUCAAGGACAAGUACGUCACCGCCCUCUACUUCACCUUCAGCAGCCUCACCAGCGUGGGCUUCGGCAACGUCUCGCCCAACACAAACUCGGAGAAGAUCUUCUCCAUCUGCGUCAUGCUGAUCGGCUCCCUCAUGUACGCCAGCAUCUUCGGCAACGUGUCGGCCAUCAUCCAGCGGCUGUACUCGGGCACGGCCCGCUACCACACGCAGAUGCUCCGGGUGCGUGAGUUCAUCCGCUUCCACCAGAUCCCCAACCCGCUGCGCCAGCGCCUCGAGGAGUAUUUCCAGCACGCCUGGUCCUACACCAAUGGCAUCGACAUGAAUGCGGUGCUGAAGGGCUUCCCUGAGUGCCUGCAGGCCGACAUCUGCCUGCACCUGAAUCGCUCGCUACUGCAGCACUGCAAGCCCUUCCGAGGGGCCACCAAGGGCUGCCUGCGGGCCCUGGCCAUGAAGUUCAAGACGACGCACGCGCCGCCAGGGGACACGCUGGUGCACGCUGGGGACCUGCUCACCGCCCUCUACUUCAUCUCCCGGGGCUCCAUCGAGAUCCUGCGGGGCGACAUUGUCGUGGCCAUCCUGGGGAAGAAUGACAUCUUCGGAGAGCCUCUGAACCUGUAUGCGCGCCCUGGGAAGUCCAACGGGGACGUGCGGGCCCUCACCUACUGUGACCUGCACAAGAUCCACCGGGAUGACCUGCUGGAGGUGCUGGACAUGUACCCCGAGUUCUCUGACCACUUCUGGUCCAGCCUGGAGAUCACCUUCAACCUGCGGGAUACCAACAUGAUCCCCGGCUCUCCCGGCAGCGCGGAGCUGGAGGGCGGCUUCCACCGGCAACGCAAACGCAAGCUGUCCUUCCGCAGGCGCACUGACAGGGACCCGGAACAGCCAGGGGAGGUGUCGGCCUUGGGGCCGAGCCGGGCGGGGGCAGGGCUGAGUGGCCGGGGCCGGCAGGGGGGGCCGUGGGGGGAGAGCCUGUCCAGCGGCCCCUCCAGCCCUGAGAGCAGUGAGGAUGAGGGCCCAGGCCGCAGCUCCAGCCCCCUCCGCCUGGUGCCCUUCUCCAGCCCCAGGCCCCCCGGAGAGCCGCCGGGUGGGGACCCCCUGACUGAGGAUGGAGAGAAGAGCAGCGACACUUGUAACCCACUGUCAGGCGCCUUCUCAGGAGUGUCCAACAUCUUCAGCUUCUGGGGGGACAGCCGGGGCCGCCAGUACCAGGAGCUGCCUCGCUGCCCCGCCCCCGCCCCCAGCCUCCUCAACAUCCCUCUUUCCAGCCCUGGCUGCCGGCCCCGGGGCGAUGUGGAGAGCAGGCUGGAUGCCCUCCAGAGGCAGCUCAACAGGCUGGAGACCCGGCUGAGUGCAGACAUGGCCACUGUCCUGCAGCUGCUGCGGAGGCAGGUGACGCUGGUCCCGCCUGCCUACAGCGCUGUGACCACCCCGGGGCCCGGCCCCACCUCCACCUCCCCUCUGCUGCCCGUCAGCCCCCUCCCCACCCUCGCCCUGGACUCGCUUUCUCAGGUAAGUUCCAAGCACCCCAGCCCUGCCUCUUCUGCACCGAUUCCACCCCAGACCGGCUUUGCUGCCCUUUCUGCUUGGCCUUGGGCCCCAGCCGCCUCCCACCCUGUUCCUGCCCUCCUCCCAGGCUGUACUCCUGGAGGAGGGCUGCCAUAGGAGCUGCGAGCACAGAGCACAGCAGGAGAGCCCCCAACUAAGCCCCCAGACAGCUGGGCCAAGGAAGCCAGCAGGCCGAGUGGCAUUCGCUCCCCUAGUGUCACCUGAAUGGCCGUAUCUACUCAGGGUGCCUGUGUCAUGGCUGUGGGUGGAGGGACUGUUGAGCCAGGGGCCUGGUGGUGGGUGCUGGGUGCCAGCGUGCCCUUGGGAUAGGGUCCCAAGCCCCUGCUGCGACUGAUACCCCCUGGGUCAGGUUCUGCUGCCAACCCUUGACUCUCAUGCUCAGUGCUUUGCGGGGUUGUCCUGAAGGCUCUGGCUAAGCCCCAGGGUAGCACUUCUGGCCCGCAUCUCUCCCCUCCUGCCAGAGAUGGGCCUCUGUUGCCCUUUGUCCUCUCCUAAGUGGACACGUGUGUUCCUGGCCUCCUGACGGGACAGCUGUGUCUGGGUCUCAAGAAUGGGGCUCCUCUGGCGACAAGAGGUGGCCUGGGAUCUGCUCCCCCCUCCCUCUGGCAUCUGCUCCCCCCUCCCAUCUGCCGCCUGCUCCUGUUUGCAGACACCAGGGCCCACGUCAGCCAAUGUGCCAGUCUCCCUUCACAGCCUCCUCCGCAGAGAUCUCACAGCAGACUCGUCAGCACCCACAAAGCCCCUCCUGCCUGCCCUGGUACUCUGCCUGGCCUUCCGAGGCCUGGCCGCCCGCCUGCCUCUGUUUCUAGGUCCCUGAGUUCUAGAUUGGAGGAAAGAACCCUGUCUCUCUCUCUGUACAGCUUCUGUGCCAGCUCAGGGCCCCUUAUUCUGGAUUGGGUUUGAAUCCAGCGGCCAUGUUCCCUGGGGAGGGGAGCGGCUGUGGCCUCAGGCUCUCCCCGAGUCAGGCAGAAGCUCCCGAGGCCCCCAGAUGCCCGGUCUGGCUCUUGCCCACCCAGAGCGCGUUUCUCCCAGAGCCGGUGGGAGUCGUGCUCUGUCUGCCUUGGCGCUUCCCCUGUGCCCUGCAGGCCUCUUCUGUCUGUCACCAGGGUCUCCUGACCCUCUCUAUCCUCUGCCCCUCCCCUGCCCCUUGGCUUCUAGCUUCUCACACUCUGGUUUCUUUGCAGGUUUCCCAGUUCAUGGCGUGCGAGGAGCUACCCCAAGACGGCCCUGCUCGACGCCUCUCCCUGCCGGGCCAGCUGGGGGCCCUCACCUCCCAGCCCCUGCACAGACACGGCUCAGA